UGUGCACGUGACACAACACGGAACCCACUCGCUGUGUCUGUGGGUGUGUUGUCGUCAGUCAGCAGGAUUUCAUGUUUCAUUUUAAAGUCUCAGCUUGAUGUGUGCCUUGUGUCAUGUGUGGAGGAGUCGUUGACCUGACAUUCUGCACGGCGCUAAGGUUCUGGAUUUGAGCGACAAUGGCGGUGAACUGGGCCGAGAGGGUUUCUGCUUUCUGCCGCAGUCCGUCCCGCUUCCUGUCCGGGACCACAGCUGAUACUCUGCUGGCUGAGCUGCUCCGAGAGCUGCGAGAUGACAGAGCCUCUUACAGCGUCAAGGUCCUCCUGUUGUCCCCACUAUGUGAGUACCCGACUGAGCUGUGUCCCUCAGACGUGGAGGGUGAGGAGACAGCCCUGGAGCUCAUGUCAGUGUUCCACCAGUGUCCUCCAAAGUCCUCCCAGUUCCGCUGUCAGCUCCUCCUGGCCCUCACCUCUGUGCUGGUCUGCACCGACUGCGUUAGCAGCCGCUCCCGUGCAUCUCAAGACUUCUUGGACCUGCUCCUCCAGAUAGCCCAGGACUCCAGUGAUCUCCACGGUGACUGUGCUCUUCGCUCUUUACGGGCCACGGCUUGUGAGUGCCUUCGGGAGCUGGAGGCCUGCUCCCCAGGCCUCCUCUACCAGCGCCUGGAGCUCAUCGCUGGGCUCCGGCAGCAGGAAACCUCCCUGCUCCAUCAGGCCUUUGCAGGACUUCAUACUCUGGUGUUCAGGAACGUUGUUUAUCAGCUCACCCAGGAAACGGGAGCUGGUGCCGAGCAUCUCAAGGCUCUUCUGGGAGGAAAUACAUCAGUUGCAUGGGAGGCAGAGCUGGACUCAGGUCUAAUGAAUAACAAGGACUCAGCCAUACUGUCUUCUCUGAUCCUGGGGCCCAUGGGUACAGUCCCGACCCUUCAGACUGGACCUGAUUGUAAGGAGCUGCGUUCAGUGCUGUCCUCUCUCCUGGAGGAGUCCUACCUCCUCACUCCUCUGUGUCAGGCUGCUCUGCUCCACAGACUGAUAGAGGUGGUUGCCAUGGUGCCUGGUGUCCCUCCUGCUGUACUGAGAGCUCAGCUGCUGCGACUGCUGGGCACCAGUGAGGUUUGCCUCCUCCACAGCACUCUGCUGAUGAAGUGUGCGUUCACAGACAGCCUGUUCAGCGCCGAAGACGAAGCUUUCAUCCUGCAGCGGCUGGUGGUGCUCUCCCAGCACCCUCUGCUGACCACCCCCGACAAGCUCUUCUACAUGGACUGCAUCCUACACUUCCCUGAGAACCGACCAAUCAGCUGCGACGAUGCUGACGAGAGCCUCCCCGUGCUGCUGACUCCACGACUAGCUCUGGCUCUAGUGCCCACUGUGUUCAACGACAGUGCCACCAUGCUGGCCCGACUCAAGCUGCUCUCUCUGGUCUACCUGGAGGAGGGGGAGGAAGGGGAGGGGGAGGGGAGCAGGGGGCUGGCCUACCUCUACGAACACAUCACCUCACUGCUGCACAUUGUGGGAAACGGAGGCAGCCGAGAGAUUGUUGUCACCUUCUUCAGAGCUAGCUUCCUCUUCCUUUUCUACUUCUUCCACGUGGAGCGCUAUUACCACAGCCUGAUGGAGCAGCUGUGUAAGCUCUACCUGCACCACACCCACCUGGCUCCACACUUCAUCAAUCUGGCUGACCAGACCCAGGACAAGCUGACUGAGUCCAACUGGACUGUGAGUUUCCUGAAGGGCCUGCAGGGAGUUAUCACUGAAGCUCCCCUCACUCAGCUCACAUUACAAGACCUGAGAUGGCACCUGAAGAUGCUGGCUAGAGUGGCGGAAGAAGGAGAAAUCUCCCAGCACAGCACCCUGAGCUUCCUGUCCGCCGUCAUCACUCCAUCUUCCUCGUCUCUGUGCGUGAGCGGCGACUGGCGUCUGGGGAACAGCCUGCUGGGGGUUUGCCGCCGCCUCCUCGUCCACCCCAGCCUGGAUUCGCUGCUCCUCCCUCUGGCCGACAUCCUGCAGCAUCUCACCUGUCGCUACGGAGACACGGACAUCCAGGACCACGCCCGCCUCUACUACACCCUUCUGACCACCCUGUCCAGGGAGAAGCUGGCCGGGGUUUUGAUGCAGGGUUCGGACGAGGGAGGGCGGCAGGUCAAGAGGCGGUUGCUGUCCUGCAUCAUGGCCGAGAGCGAGGGGCUGACAAGCGUGUUAACCAUUCACCAGGCUGAGAAAACAGUAUUCAGGAUGAUUGAGGCCCAGUCUGAGCCACAAGAAACACAAACGGAUAAAGAAAGCAGCCUAAACCAGGAGACAGAGACCUGCCCAGAAGAGGCUAAAACACUACUGGAAGUAUACAGAGCCCAGUUUGACACUCCUGGCUACGCUGCAGAGAUCACCUUGAACUACCAGCUGUGUCAUAUCGAGGCUGGUGACCCCUACUUUGACCAGCUCUUCAGCAUCCGCCUCCACUUCAGCCUAACAGACAAUCACUAUGAGGAACUGAGCGACAUCAGUGUCCCGUGUCUGUUCAAAGACAGACCAUCGCCCCAGGUGGUGCUGAGACUGAAGCCCAGGCAGCCCUACCCCACCACCCUCCACUUCAGCGCCAUCUUCACCACCCAGGACGGCCUCUCCUGGCUCUCCGUCCUGCCAGACAUCCACGUAGCUUUCCAGCAGGUCUUCAAGCCUCUGCCUUCCCCAGAGGCCUGGGGACCAAACGGCAAACUGAGCUUAUUCGAAGGUUUAUGGGAUGAAAUCAGCUCUCAAAGCGAGCAAAAGGAGCAAACAGACUGUGCUAGCAGCCUGUUCUGCUGCCAGCUGAAGGAGGCAGCCCUGGUGGCCUUGGUGGAGAAACACUUCCUCCCCUUCCUCAUAUCCAACCUGUCUGAUAACCAAGAGUUCAAAGUGCUCCUCUUCCUCCCGCCACAGUCUCACGUGCUGCUGAAGAUCAGCUCAGAGGACUCUGUGCACUUCAACAUCGCCACGGAUAACUGGCAGCUUCUGUGUCACAUCAGUUCCUAUCUGCUGACUAUCACAUCCUCACAGGAAGAUGGGGAACUGUGAUGCAUCUUGCUUUUUAAAAUGUCUUUUAUUAAGCUGAUUUUUAACAAGAUAAUCAAAUUUGUCAGCGCUUUAAUAACUCCAGUCAUACUUGAAAUGAAAUUGCUUUGGACAGUUGAUUUAAAAUAAAGGUAUUGCACUUUAAUUGUCUUCACCUGAAAUUAAACAAAUGUAAAUGUAAAA